AUGGACACGGCAUUACUGACGAGUUCUUGGUUAUUACACACUGCCAAUCUUCAAGUUAGGGUUGGACCAUUAGAAACACAGAAGGAGCGCCUAAAAGUGAUGAGCGGAAUGCUGGUACAUUUAGUGGCACUAGUUUACACUAGUUUACUCGUCGUCACAUUGGCUCACGGAGAAGCUGACGACGUAGUGGUGAGAUCAGAUGACAUUGACCUAUCACACAGAGACGUACGCGCCAUUGGAGACUGUGGCGGGUCUUUCUACUCUACGACUGGUGCGUUUAGUUCACCAAACUACCCUAACGGCUAUUACAACAACGACGAUUUAUGUACGUACACUAUCACCGUUGCAUCUGGCUCAAGUAUUCAGUUAACGUUUACAGCGUUCGAUACAGAAUCAUAUGACCACGUAUACGUCUACGACGGACUGUCCACUUACAACAGUCUUCUACUGGAUGCAUCUGGCUCAUUCGUGCCGGCGCCCGUCUUGUCGUCUGGUAAUACUCUUUACGUCGUGUUUGACUCGGAUAGCAGUGUUACUCAUACUGGAUUCUAUGCAACGUAUACAACUCUAGAUUAUGAGAGUGGUUUCGGUUCGCUAAACGGUGUGUGCGGUGGAUCUCUGACUACAGACUCGGGGACAUUGUCAUCACCAAACUACCCUUACUCGUACAGCAGCUAUUCCGACUGUUAUUACAGAAUAUCUGUGACGUCAGGAGAAAAUAUACAGUUGACAUUUUCAGUGUUUUCUACUGAAUCAACUUAUGAUUAUGUGCGUGUUUAUGACGGUAGUUCUACGUCAUCUCCGCUGCUGGGAGAAUUUUCUGGAUCCAGCUUACCUUCGAUGAUUGUCACCACAGGCUCCGACUUACUUUUGUAUUUCCAUAGCGAUAGUUCGGUCGAAAACACUGGUUUUUACGCAUCAUACACACUGGGAUCUGGGUCAGUUAUUUCAUUGUGCGAGGAGGGUUACAUCACUUCUUUGGGAGGUUUACUCAAUUCCCACGAUACAUAUCCGAGUGACUACGCGGCCCCGGUCACGUGUUCAGCUACUCUACAAACCUUCAGUCCGUAUACUAACGUAUUGGUUAAAUUCCUAGACGUAGACUUGUAUACAACGUCAGAUUACAGUUCAUCCUGUCCCCAUUCUGGUGAUUUCAAAUGCGACAAUUAUAGAUGUAUAUCGAAAGGUUUAAAAUGCAAUGGUUAUGACAACUGUGGUGACAACUCAGACGAAGAAAUGUGCGAUGCAGUUAAAAUUGGAGCAAUUAUCGGCGGUGUAAUUGGUGGACUCCUGUUCGUCAUAAUAAUUAUCAUCAUAUGUUGCUGUUGUUGUAAAAAAAAGUCGCCGACGUCACCGACGAGUACAUCCAAUACUGUUACGACUCACAAUGCCACUUCUGUGCGGGCAAGACCUCUUCAAACACAACCCCGGCCUACAGUCGUCGCGGUUUCCUACAACAUAACAACUGAACCAGGUGUGGGAUAUUAUCCACCACCGCCACCAUCGUAUGGACAGACUGGUGGAUACCACAAUUCUGGCUACGAAUCACAACCUCCGCCAUCAUAUAUACCACCCCCUGGAGGCAACGACCCAGCAUACCCUCCUCCACCAAUGCCCACAAACCCCGAUCUAUCAACUUCAGGAGGUAAUACUUUCAGCGAAUCUAUGUACCCACCUCCGACAAUGGUUUCCCCAGCCGGCAGCAACGAUCCAGCUUACCCUCCCCCACCAACGUACGACGCUGUGAAUACGUCUCACACGUAGACGAUGUAUUCUGUAAAUGUACUAUUAUUUACUGGGGUUUAAUUUCGCUAUUAUUUAUAAAUAAAUAUAAUAAAUACAUUACAAAAUAACAAUAAAACUCAUUGUUUCCUUGACCAAUUCGUGAAAUUAUCACAGGGAAAAUGCUCAAAAUAAGUGAAAUUAAAUGUCAGUGAAAAUAAAUGGUUUUGCAGUAGCAACAGGAACAUUAAUCAGCUUACCUUCUAAGAACGACAAUUUGAACACGUCACACACGUAGACGACAUAUAGCAACAGAAACGACAGCCCAGCUUACCAACACCAACAUACGACACUAUGAACACGUCACUAACAUACGACACUGUGAACACGUCACUAACAUAAGACACUGAACACGUCAUCAACAUACGACACUAAACACGUCACCAACAUACGACACUGUGAACACGUUACUAACAUACAACACUGUGAACACGUCACCAACAUACGACACUGAACACGUCACUAACAUACGACACUGUGAACACGUCAGCAACAUACGACACUGAACACGUCACCAACAUACAACACUAAACACGUCACUAACAUACGACACUGUGAACACGUCAGCAACAUACGACACUGAACACGUCACCAACAUACAACACUAAACACGUCACCAACAUACGACACUGAACACGUCACUAACAUACGACACUGUGAACACGUCACUAACAUACGACACUGUGAACAUGUUACUAGCAUACGACACAGUGAACACGUCAGCAACAUACGACACUGAACACGUCACCAACAUACGACACUGAACACGUCACCAACAUACGACACUGUGAACACGUCACUAACAUACGACACUGUGAACACGUCACUAACAAACGACACUGUGAACACGUCACUAACGUACGACGCUGUGAACACGUCACUAACAUACGACACUGAGUACAAGUCACAUAUGAACGAUAUAACAACAUCAGUAAGAAACGACCCAGCUUACUCGUCACCCCCAAAACAAGACACUGUUAACACUUCUCACAUGUAGACGUUAGGAAAUAAUAACACAGCUUACCCGUCACCACCAGAGUACGAUACAUCUGAUAUGUAGACGAUAUACAGGAAUACGGGUAGACAAAUCACGCGCAUCGUGUGUAUGUUUUACCGCUAUUGUAUAUAUCUUAACAGUAUAUAAAUACUACAUUGUAUAUUGUGUAAUUGUAGUAACUAUCCCAUAUACAUUUAUAGUGUAUACGAGGAUUAUAUUUUUUAUGUUAUUUUUAAUAAUGGUAUA